ACUACAAGUCCCAGAAGCCCCUGUUUCCCGGAGCCCGCGCGGGGCCGCGCAACGCCCGCCGGGAGCCGGCCGCAGCCGCCAAGAUGUCGCAGCCCAAGAAAAGAAAGGUUGAGUCGGGGGGCGGCGGCGAAGGAGGGGAGGGAAGUGAGGAGGAAGAUGGCGGGGAGCAGGAGGCGGCCCUGCAGCGACCCCGGAGGACGAAACGGGAGCGGGACCAGUUGUACUACGAGUGCUACUCGGACGUUUCGGUCCACGAGGAGAUGAUCGCGGACCGCGUCCGCACCGAUGCCUACCGCUUAGGCAUCCUGCGGAACUGGGCGGCUCUGCGGGGCAAGACCGUGCUGGACGUGGGCGCGGGCACCGGCAUUCUGAGCAUCUUCUGUGCCCAGGCCGGGGCCCGGCGCGUGUACGCGGUGGAAGCCAGCGCCAUCUGGCAACAGGCCCGGGAGGUGGUGCGGCUCAACGGGCUGGAAGACCGGGUGCACGUCCUGCCCGGGCCGGUGGAGACAGUGGAGUUGCCAGAGCAGGUGGACGCCAUUGUGAGCGAGUGGAUGGGCUACGGACUGCUGCACGAGUCCAUGCUGAGCUCGGUGCUGCACGCGCGGACCAAGUGGCUGAAAGAGGGUGGUCUUCUCCUGCCAGCUUCCGCCGAGCUCUUCGUAGCCCCCAUCAGCGACCAGAUGCUGGAGUGGCGCCUAGGCUUCUGGAGCCAGGUGAAGCAGCACUAUGGUGUGGACAUGAGCUGCCUGGAGAGCUUCGCUACGCGCUGCCUCAUGGGCCACUCGGAGAUCGUGGUGCAGGGCCUGUCCGGCGAGGAUGUGCUGGCCCGACCGCAACGCUUUGCUCAGCUUGAUCUGGCCCGCGUGGGCUUGGAGCAGGAGCUGGUGGCCGGGGUGGGCGGGCGCUUCCGUUGCAGCAGCUACGGCUCGGCGCCCAUGCAUGGCUUUGCCGUCUGGUUCCAGGUAACCUUUCCUGGUGGAGAGUCGGAGAAACCCCUGGUGCUGUCCACUUCGCCUUUUCACCCGGCCACCCACUGGAAGCAGGCGCUCCUUUAUCUGAACGAGCCGGUGCAAGUGGAGCAAGACACGGACAUUUCAGGAGAGAUCACGCUGCUGCCCUCCCGAGACAACCCGCGUCGCCUGCGCGUGCUGCUGCGCUAUAAAGUGGGGGACCAGGAGGAAAAGACCAAAGACUUUGCCAUGGAGGACUGAGCGUGACCUUUUCUCCCAGCUACCUCCCCAGAUGGCCUAACCUGCGUGGGAGAGGGUAGGGAGGUCGGAGGAGAAAGGGAGAUUCCCAUGAUGCAAGUAGGGGACAAUAUCUGUCGCCCUUUUCCCUCGUGGCUGGGGAGGGAAGAGUGAUUUCAGUGUCUGUCUGAGCAGAUUCUUCUGGCCGUGUUUAUUUUAAAAAGUUGUCCUCUCAACAGCGGAUACAGUGUGCUUCUUAAUGGGCUUUUAAGCCUCAGAAGAAUGUAGUACCAAGCACUUGUAUUUCCAGUUAUUUUGUUUUGUGGUAAAAAUAAACACGAAUGAAAAUACCAGUUUUAUGAAAGGUCCAUGCACAUUCCUGACAACGCACAUGUUUUCUAAAGCUGAAGCUGGGAAGAAGGGUGAAAUGUUCGUUUAGACUCAGUACAUUUCCAGUAUGACUCCUAUCUCUGCAGAGCCAGGCUUUCUCAGUCUUUAAAUCCCCUCUGUCCCUAGGUGCCUUCAGGCUCUGGUACUUCUUCCUCAUUGUUUUCUAAAUAAAAUUUCUCCAGUUAAUGAAAGGGAGGAGAUGAGGAAGCAGUUUAAAUAGCCAAGUUCUAAUUACUUUUACUACUUUCAGAGGGUGCUGAAGUUGAUGAACACGUAAUCCAUUAAAUAAAAUGGACUUUACAUCAUUGUACAACCUUAAGAAAUAAAGAUGGUACAUUUUGGAGAAAAAGGCCUGAAAGACAGCAAAGUAGUAGGAUUUUUUUCAAUUCUUGUCUUAACUAUUAAGAUAACCCAGAAAAUGUUCCAUCUAUAUUCCAUAAUUUUGUGUCAUUCCUCUGAGACAGUCUGGAAGAGGUUUUUGAACAUCACCCAAGGACUUAUUCAUCACCAUGGGUAAAUUAUUUAGGCUUACUAAAUUCAGGAAAAUAUUUUCCCAGCUAGAAAAGUGCACUCAUUUAAACUCACAUGUAUAGAGAUCAUGUGACUUGGCCCACUUACAAGGAGUGAAAGUUCCUUUUUUUAGGGGGUUGGUGGUUUGUUUUUUUUUUUUUCUUUUUUUGCUUUUUAGCUCAGCCAAGUGUGAAAGUUGUGAAUUUGGGAAAAUCACUUGCAAUGAAGUGUGAGUCAUGUUAUCAAAUUUAUUUCUCUGAUGUUUCCCUCAUUCUUGUAACAAACAAAACAUUGGCAUUCUCACUUUUUAUAGAUGA